CCUAUAUAAAAUGGCCACCUUAGAUCAUGUUAGAGCAUCAGUUCAGCUUGGUACAUUCAAAGUGUAACACAUCAGCAGCAAAUCCCCAACUCCUCAUCAGUCAACUACGAGAUGGCUUCUAAGAUCACACUCCUUACCGUCGGUCUGUUGCUGGUCAACGUGUACGUUGAGGCGCAACAGUACCAGAUCGGUGGACGGCGCAACCAGGAUCGCCAGAGCGUGCUGCGAUCGAGUGGGUACGAUGAUGGCCGGCUCCACGAUAACCUGAACCGGAACGAUCUCUACGAUCAGCAGCGUUACGGCAGCGAGCGACAGAAUGAGCAGGAUCGUCAGGAUCGUCAGGAUCGCCGUGGAGACUAUCGGGAUGAUGACCGGGAGGACUACAGCUACGGUUAUGCGGUCCGCGAUGAGCUGUCCGGUGACAUCAAGAGCCAGCAGGAGGUACGCCAGGGAGAUCGAGUCCGCGGCCAGUACCGUACGGUCGAGUCCGAUGGUACCGAGCGCAUCGUCGACUAUACUGCCGACGAUCGCCGUGGAUUCAAUGCCGUCGUCCGCCAUCAGCCAUCGGUUGGUUCGAGGGCCCAGCUGAUCCAUACCCUCCAACCGGCCGUCCUGAUUCGACCGGCAUCGUCGUCGUCCUCCUCCUCCUCAUCGUCAUCGGCGGCCGCCACGGUCGAUCAGCUGCUGGUUCGCAGCUCCGGCCGCAACUCCCAGGCCGGUGGUACUCCCAUCUUGUUGCGCCAGUGAAAGGUCCGUCAGCCAUCAACCGUCACCAUGCUACCAACCUACGGAAGAAUGUUAACGAAGAAGUCCAAGCCCAAGUCGAAGAUCCAAUGAAAAUACGAUCAAAAUGUUUGAGCGCAAAGUAACAGCCACACACACACA